AAUCUCUCAAUUUCUCUCUCUACCACCAUGGAGCUCUUGUUAGCAAUGUGUUUAUUGCUUAUAUUCUUUGCUUGCAUCUACCUGUGUGAGUUGCUGCUUCAAUGGAGGCACCAACAAUGCUACUUAUUAGCCUAUGAGUGCUACAAGGCCACAGACGAGCGGAAGCUGGACACCGAAUCCUGCGUCAAGAUCAUCCGCCGCAACACAAAUCUGGGGCUGGAAGAAUACAGGUUUCUCCUCAAAACCAUCGUUAACUCGGGCCUUGGAGAGGAAACCUACGGUCCAAGAAAUGUCAUCGCCGGCUGCGAAGACUGUCCUAGUUUGGAAGACUCACUGUGGGAGAUGGACGACAUAAUGUUUGGCACGCUUGACAAGCUAUUCCACAAAACAGGAAUUUCACCUUCAAAAAUUGACAUACUAGUGGUCAACGUGUCGUUGUUCUCUCCUGCACCUUCUCUAACGGCUAGGAUCAUAAACCGUUACAAGAUGAAGACGGACAUCAAGGCGUUCAACCUCUCGGGGAUGGGGUGCAGUGGAAGCCUCGUGGCCAUUGAUCUUGUGCAGAACUUGUUCAAGACGUACAAGAAUGUAAAUGCCGUCCUUGUCAGCACAGAAUCGCUUGCUCCGAAUUGGUACCGCGGCAAAGUUCAGCCCAUGAUGCUUGCUAACUGCCUGUAUCGCUCAGGAGGGUGUUCUAUGAUCUUUACAAACAAAAUGCAUCUCAAGCAUCGAUCACUUUUGAAAUUGCAAUGCAUCGUGCGAACGCAUCUUGGUUCACUCGAUGAAGGAUAUGGCUGCUCCAUGCAAGUAGAAGAUGAAAAUGGAUUCCGUGGUUUUAAUCUCAGCAAAAGCAUAGCCAAAGUAGCAGCCAAAGCUCUUACCAUGAACCUUCGAAUCCUACUGCGAAAAGUGUUACCGCUUACAGAAUUACUUCGCUAUGUUAUAGUGUCAAGCCGUCAAAACAAAGUUGCAAAUGCUGGCUUGAAUCUCAAGGCAGGACUUGAUCAUUUUUGCAUACCCCCAACAGAAGCUGCAGUUGUAAAUGGGGUUGGAAAGAGCUUAGGACUCAACGACUAUGAUCUCGAGCCUGUGCGAAUGGCGCUGCACCGAUUUGGGAACACGUCUUCGGGUGGGCUUUGGUAUGUUUUGGGGUACAUGGAGGCUAAGAGGAGGCUUAAAAAGGGUGAGAAAAUUCUUAUGGUGAGCUUUGGAGCGGGCUAUGAGUGCAACAAUUGUGUGUGGGAGAUUUUGAGGGACAUGGAAAAUGCCAAUGUGUGGAAAGAUUGCAUAGAAACUUACCCUCCAGAAACCAUAGUGAAUCCUUUCAUGGAGAAGUAUAGCUGGAUCAACGAUGAAUAUUUGAGCUUUGUCAGAUUUGAGGAGGUUAUGAAUGCAAUUUGUGUUGAUGGUCAACGCUUUCAGGAGAGGCAUAGUUAGAUCAGUGAGUAAUUUUGGAAGUUUUUUAUUUUAAUUUUUCUGAGUAAUCUGUUGUUUUUGUAAGGAAAAAUUGCAUUGAUUUGAUGUAUUUCAUAAAAUGUGAAGUAUAUAGGUCAAAGGUCGUGAUUUUUUCAUGAUAUUGUUAAUUAAUUAGAAAAAUAAAAAAUUGUUUUGCUA